AUGGGCCAGGAAGCAUCUCAUGCGCAAAUCAAUCCUGAUGAUCCUCCUCAUACGCUUCCAGCCCGUUCGAUCGAAGGGGUCGCCGAGUUUAUCAAAAAUGGCCAAGCAAAGAACAUCGUUGUUUUGACCGGAGCAGGCAUAUCCACAAGUGCAGGUAUACCAGACUUCCGUUCACCAGAGACCGGCAUAUACGCAAAUCUGGCCGAACUUGAUCUUCCUUAUGCAGAAGCUGUUUUCGAUAUCGACUUCUUCCGCGAGAAUCCGGCUCCUUUUUAUGUCCUGGCAAAAGAACUCUAUCCCGGCCAAUUCUACCCUACAAUAUCACAUGCUUUCGUCGCGUUGAUUGAAAAGAAAGGGUUGCUUAGAAUGCUCUUUACACAAAAUAUCGAUUGUUUGGAACGUCGAGCCGGAGUUUCUUCGGAAAAGGUCAUUGAAGCCCAUGGAAGUUUUGCAACCCAAAGGUGCAUUGAUUGUAAGACCGAAUAUCCCGAUGAUAUGAUGAAGAAAGCCAUACAGGAAGGAGACCCUGCGACUUGUUUGGUUCCACAAUGUGGUGGUCUAGUUAAACCAGAUAUUGUCUUCUUUGGUGAACAGCUUCCAGAAGCCUUUCACAGCCAUAAAAUGAUUCCAGCGACAGCUGAUUUAAUUAUUGUGAUGGGUACCAGCUUAAGUGUUCAGCCCUUUGCCAUGCUGCCAAGCCUUCCCGCUGAUACGGUUCCAAGACUAUUGUUCAACAUGAUUUCUGUAGGCGAUUUUGGGAGUAGGUUGGAUGAUGUAGUUGUUCUUGGUGAUUGUGACACUGGUGUCAGGAAGCUAGCCGAUGCCUUGGGAUGGCGAGCGGAAUUGGAAGAAUUAUGGAUAUCAGUCGGAGGAAAUACGAGGCAAAAAGAGGCUGAGAAAGCCGCAGAAGCUAGGCUCAAUAUGUCAAGAGACGAACGCCAUGAAGUAGACAUCGAAAAGCUGACGACUGAAAUUGAUGAAGCAUUAAAGUUUUCCGGCAACCAUACGCACAGGGUAAUUGCCGACCUUCAGAAAAGCCCGCCUAUAAAUUCAACACCCUCACCUCCGCCUCCUGAAGCUAUGCCUACGCGGGCACCUACGGAAUUUACUGCUGAUAAGAGCUCGCUUCUUUCGGAUAUCACGAAUGGAGCAGCACUGAAGGAUGCCACAACCAUUGUUCGAUCGACGCCGAUUAUUGACGAAAAAGGUGCCACAACUAAGCCAGCGCUUGCGGACUCACAUUCCUCGGCCGGGAAGCGCGAUGAAAACUCGAGUGUUGUGCUUGAUGCUACAAUGCCUCAAAAUAUGCCAAACUCUUUCAACCUCACCACAAACUCUUGA